UCUCUAGAGUCUAUACCGAAACAGUUAAAAAACAAAAAAAGUGAUACUCGUAUAUUUCCCUAAAACUUGCUAGAUUCCUAAGGCUCGAAUCAAUCUCUCUCCCAGAGACUCAGACAAGCACCAGACCUUUCGAACUCCGAAAGAAGAAGUGCACCCAAAAAAUUUCAGCUUGUCAAUUCUUAGCUUGCAAUUGGAAUCUACACCACUUGGUUUCUUCAUGUCCUCCGCUCAAGAUCCAUUUUACAUUGUAAAAGAGGAGAUCCAAGAUUCCAUUGAUAAGCUAUUAUCGAGCUUUCGUCAAUGGGAGCAUGCUGUUUAUGGUUCCGGAGAGCAAGUACGCCUCACCGAGGAGCUUCGUACUGGUUGUGAGAGUAUUGAGUGGCAGGUUGAUGAGCUGGACAAAGCAGUUUCUGUGGCUGCGAAAGAUCCUGCUCACUAUGGUAUCGAUGAGGGUGAGCUGGAAAAACGUCGCAGAUGGACCAGAACAGCACGUGAUCAGGUGGGCUCUGUGAAGAAAAAAGUAUCAUCUGGAAAGGAGCUGAGCUACCAUGAUUCUCACCUGGAACUGAUGAGGCUUCCAAUGGAACACCCACAUCAGACAGAAAGGUCCAACCAAUACGGGCACCACACUGAUGACUACAUAUCAUCAGAAUCCGAUAGACAGAUGCUUCUGAUAAAACAACAGGAUGAAGAGCUUGAUGAACUGAGUGCCAGUGUUCAGAGAAUUGGAAGUGUUGGGCUUACUAUUCAUGAUGAAUUACUUGCUCAGGAAAAGAUAAUUGAUGAUUUGGGUGUUGAAAUGGAUAGCACCUCAAACCGGUUGGAUUUCCUUCAGAAAAAGGUCGCAAUUGUUAUGAAAAAGGCAGGAGCCAAGGGCCAGUUAAUGAUGAUAUUGUUCUUGGUUGUUCUGUUUAUAGUACUAUUCAUUCUCGUUUUCUUUACUUAAGAUAGGAAUAUACUCUACGAAUGUGGUUUUGCUCAGGUUUGGAAAUUCUACUGGAAAAUAGAAGAGAAAAAGACUGAUAUAUUUUUUUGUGUAAUAUUUGGUCAAUCUGUCUUGUAGAUUAUUUUAUCAGAAAAAAAAAGAUUUAUUUUAUAGCUUUAAUAUGAUUAAUCAAAAACUAUUGUGUGCCUCAAGCGUACGGUAUUUAUGAUGUACAAAUGCUCUAUUGGGUACUUAUAACCAGCUUAGGUCCGUCUUCUAA